AUGAUUUUGGAAGAAUUUGAUAUGGGCUUUGGGUAUCGUGGAUACUGGGAAAUGGAAGGGGUUCUGCCAGGCAAUAGCAAUACUUUGAUUGAAGCUCUCCGGGAAUUCUAUGCUCCAGCGUCCAUGAAAGCAACUCUCCAACGACAACCGAAUUCUCAGCCCAAUGGCUUAGAAAAUGCCAUCCGCACCGAACCUGAGUCGUUCUGGAGGCCAGGAGGCGAACUUGGGUUAGCUGUUUCAAUUACAGCCUCAGACUGUGCCAUGUAUGCUCAUAUGGCUGUACAGGACAUGGGCCGUUGUUGGGACAGACGAUGCAGGGAGGCGCAGCGCUGUAUUCAAGCAAUCCCUGAAUCUGUUGGCUUUUUCUGGAGCCUCGCGUGGCACUUCCGCAUAUUGCGAAAUUUCCACAGCUUGACAGCGAUAUUGCAGGCUUUGAAGGCCACUAGGAAGAAGGACCAAGGUCAUUUAUACUCCCUCCUUGAUCCAGAGGGACGAUAUCAGAAGUGCAGGGACGCAUUUUCCAUGGAAGGGGGAAUCCCAUUCAUGUUUGCGGAGAUGGCGCACAGAGCAUAUCAGCAAGAAUUGAAACAAAGGCUAUUGGAUUCAGAGGCCCGAUCACAGCUUAGCAGGACUCACAUUGAGAAUGAAUGGGAUGGGCGGAUGUGGUUUGAUAGAGAGCCAUUAGAUGGCCGCAUAUUUGUUUGGUUUC